UUCCUGGCAGAAGCCAGUAUUGGCCCAGAGCUGGAAGAAACCCAGUUCUGCGAACUACUGUUCCAGCGCCCGUCUCAAAUCCCAGAGAACACUCUCAUGGAUGGAGACACAAUGGAUGCCUUUCAUAACUCCUUGCGCAAUCAAUCCGCGAGGCGGUUGCUGAUUGAUCUACAUCCUUUGCUCUUUCCUGGCGCGGACGCCCAGGUGAUUAGAGGCAGACGGAACUUGGCGUCUGUCAUUGAUGGUUACGACGAUCUGUGGGCGAAAAGCCACACUUUUAUCUAUGAGACACAACCAUGUCCCAGUCACACGCGCGGCCUUCGACCUUCGUUAUUCACUGAAGCUCAGCGGAGGAAGCUUGGGAUAGAGCCCGACAAGUUAUCUUUCUACGCCGCCACGGAGGAAAUCUAUUUCCCUUACCUCGUCGGACUAGUGACGGGAGACUUCGCGGUCCCUGACAUUGCUGAUGAAGAAGCAACGCACUGCAUGUCCAUUGCCCUUCGCGGCCUCGUGCACCUUGCCCGCAUGGCUGGCUGUGCUGAAUCACUGCACAGACAGAUUCUGGGGUUUUCGCUCUCACACGACCUCGACACAGUCAGCAUUUACGGAUACUAUCCCAUUAUCGAGGGCACAAAAACCACGUACUGCCGUCGACUGAUUCGACAAUUUGACAUAUGGACCGAUAAAAGCAAGUGGGAUUCGUACUCGUUUGUUUAUAAUGUCGACGAGGUCUUUCUGCCGCGUCAUAUACGACGUGUA